GGGGGAUGCCGCUUCUCGCGAAGCUGCUGUGGCACUUCUCCUUUCGGCAGCUACAGUCACCUCUGCCUGUUACACCUCCGCCUGUGUCUCCUCCCAAGUCACCCCCGACUGUGAGACCCUUUGCUACCACCGUGGUUGUGAAGGGAGAGGUUUCACGUCCACGUCCCCUUGACCCCUUCAAGGAAACUGUCGUCGGACGUCGCGGAAAGCGCAGCCAACCUGAGUCCUGGGAUGCGCCUGAGGACUGGGAUCAGUCUUCCGUGCGGAUCCUUCCUCAUGAGGUUUGUGUGCCUCCUCUGGUCCUGAGGGAGUGCUUUGUCGUGCUAAACCCUAUCCGGUUUAGCACUGACAAGUUGGCUGCAAUGGAUCGCAUUGUUCCAUCCAACCUUGACGUCCCCAUGGGGAAUCGCUCAAAGAAACGGAAGGUGGCACAUGGAACCACGGCUGUGGUCUCCAAAGGAAAGAAGGCCCGCCUUGAGGCACUUCAAACUCCAGCAAGGAUUGCCAAACCUUCGAAGCUGGUACCUCCCCCUCGACCUGUGCCAGAAGCUGCUGUUCCAGCCACUCUGAAGGGCAGCGUCUUUGUGCCUUCGAGCAAGGUAAUUUGCAUACAACAUGUGAUGAUUACACACAUUCAGUGAAUAGAGUGCGGUUCUCUAUUCUUUUGAUAUUUUCUCUAAGUUCCCUUUA